GGGGGCGUGGUCUUUUACUUUUCUUUCACUGGCCCAGUGGCCCGAGGGCGGCCGGGUCUUCGCGAGGCGGAAGUCGGGCGGGCGCCGGAACGCGUUCUUAGCCUUGGGUCCUGCGGCUCAGUCAGCCACCAUCAUGGUGCGGAAGCUUAAGUUCCACGAGCAGAAGCUGCUGAAGCAGGUGGACUUCCUGAACUGGGAGGUCACCGACCACAACCUACACGAAGUGCGCGUGUUGCGGCGUUAUCGGCUGCAGCGGCGCGAGGACUACACGCGCUACAACCAGCUGAGCCGCUCUGUGCGCGAGCUAGCGCGGCGCCUGCGCGACCUGCCCGAGCGCGACCCUUUUCGCGUGCGCGCCUCGGCUGCGCUGCUGGACAAGCUGUACGCUCUCGGCCUGGUGCCCACGCGCGGCUCGCUCGAACUCUGCGACUUCGUCACGGCCUCGUCCUUCUGCCGCCGCCGCCUGCCCACCGUGCUCCUUAAGCUGCGCAUGGCGCAGCACCUUCAAGCCGCGGUGGCCUUCGUAGAGCAGGGCCACGUGCGCGUGGGCCCCGACGUGGUCACUGACCCCGCCUUCCUCGUCACACGCAGCAUGGAGGAUUUCGUCACCUGGGUUGAUUCGUCCAAGAUAAAGCGGCACGUUCUGGAGUACAAUGAGGAGCGCGAUGACUUCGACCUGGAAGCCUAGUGACCCCUCCCUCCCUCACCCUGCCACGGCUGCAUUUUACAGAUGGGGAAGCGGAAACCUGAGGCUGGAGUGUCUGGAGGCGCUCUCCCUGAGUGGGUCAGCCAGUCGUCGGUUCAUAAGAACGUGCUUCCUCAGCUGCAGGGCACGCGCGGAGCCAAAGGGUAUGCUCCUGUUUUCCACGAAAUUUUCUUAGCCCUUGGACUAUUGGUAAUUAAAUGACUGUUUUGAAACAAUGGGAAGCCGUUUUAUGCUGCGUUAUGGAAUCAUUAGAUUCUUGUAUCUGAAACGUAAUGUGAAAGCAAGAACUUUGCAGGGGCCCCCUUCCCCCACCCCCGUUACCCUUAUUAUCUCGUAGCAGGACAGUUUGGUUCAAUUUAUUUAACUGGAAUUCUUGCUCCUUUUCGUGAUAAAGCUAUAUAUGUAUAGACGAUGGAGAAUUUGGUUUGGAGUUUUUAUAAAAUGGGUGAAACUUCACCGUCCCGUCUUUUGUUUAAAGGAAUGCUUUCCUAAUGCCAAUAAACGUCCCAACUGCUUUGUAAG